CGUUCUUCCAUCCAAAUGCACGCGAGAGAACAAUUCAUUUAUUCGAAUUCUUCUAUAUUCGGCAGGGAUUUGUUCAUUAAAGCCGAACCACGCUGCUUUUCCCCCACUUUCUUUCUCUUCUCUUAACCAUCUCCUCUUCGCUUCUCAUUGCAUCUCCCUCUGUGUCUUUCCUUUUCAUACUGGGCUGAUAUGUCAUCCCCCCCAGAUCCAUUGGAGAAUGCAAAUAGACCGGUUGACGAUGACGAUGAGUUAGAUGACCCACAGGAAGGGGAACAUGAUGAUGGGCGGUCACUGACCUUGUUCGCUGUUUAUAUCAAUUAUCUGCAGGAAAUAAUGCUGCUGGAGGGAGCACGUCGGCGCCCACGAAGAGGGGUCGAGGAAGGCCAAAGGGCAGUAAGAACAAGAAAGGUGCUUCGUCAAGCACUACUGCGGGCCCGUCUACUUCAGAUGCUACCCCGAAGAAGAGAGGUCGGCCGCCAAAGCCUAAGAACCCUGACGAGUCGGAGGGUGAGCGUGCGCCGAAGCGGAAGCGAGGAAGGCCCCCAAAGCCCAAACCUGAACCCGCAGAGGGCGCAGAGGGCGCAGAGGACGAGCCUGCUACGAAAAGAAAACGGGGGAGACCUCCUAAAAAAUCUUCCACAUAGUCUGGCGUUGGGCGUCAGGCCGUUUGUAUUCUUGACGUGGAUCUGGUACCGUCUCGAUAAUUUUUCUCUUGCUAUAAUUUUCUUGCUGUGCAAAUUUCAUGACCCCGUUGUAUACCACAGUCUUUAAAAGGUAUCAUUCAUACCAGAGCACCUUAUGGACUUUCUCUCCCUAUAUCUAUUCACCUGCUGUCACUUCUAUUGCUAUCUAUCUCAUUUCAUUUCCUUUUCGUCGCUUUAUACAUAUGGAUUACUGUCAUAGGAUUGGAUAAUUAUGAGUGUUGUACCACUUUGCACCACAUUAUCAAAAUCAACCAUCUACGGACAACCUUCUAGGUGUCCAGGAACUCACGAACCAUUUUUAAUCUUUAUCGCACCGCUCUUAGACUUUGGUCCGUUAUUUCUGGGAAACAAGGACAUCCAC